UCCAUCCGAACUGCGUCUGUGGUGCCGAAGCUCUGGGCGGUGGCGGCGUUGCAGGCAGCGGGGCCGGGCGGGAGCAGCCGCCCCGUCCCUGCCAGCCUCACCCCGGUGCCGCAGCCUGUCCCCGGGCACAGCCGCGGGCCCGCCCGGCUCACGCUGCCCGGGCGCCCUCAGGCCGGGCUCGGCUCCGAAGGUUCGGGCGUCACGGGAUUGCGGGCGGGCAGCGGAGGUGGCGGGGACGCCUGAGGGCCACCGGCUUCGGCCGCUGCAGGCUCCGGCUUCCCGCACCCACCGCCGGCUCCUCCUUGUUCCACUGGAAUUGUGAGGAGAACUCGCCGUCCCUUUGGCUGCGCGCCCCUCAGAGCAGCUGAGGGUUUCUUGCUGCUCUCCCCCAUCUUGGCCAGCCCCUCAGGGAGCUGGAGGGUCCCGCUCGGAGCGUGGCUCCCGCAGAGCCCUUGGUUCAGUGUGAUGGCUGCUGCCUUUGAGGCUGCAAACUCCGAGGGGAAACAGCUUCCUGAUAAGACAGAAACUAUGAUCUGGAAGCCCAGAAAAGAACAUUUGCUGCGGAAUAUUCCAAAUGUUUCUGAUGGCAAGUCUGAAGGAAGUGAAUCUGCUUCUACCUCCCCCAAUGAAGGUGAUGUCAGUGGCUCUACUGAUGAGGGCUGGUACAAUAUAUAUGCUGACCUGGAUGUGUGGGAUAGUGAAGUUUCCAAUGGACCUGAGUCUUCAGGGCAGCAAGAUGCAUCUGAGCAUGAGGUGGAGGACUGGGAUAAAGAAUUGGAGGAGUCUGCAUAUGGUCCUUAUGAUGCUGAUGAUCUCUCCGGUGGAAGCUUUGAGGAAAACAAUCUUUUCGGCUCAUAUGUAUGGAAGGAGGAUUGGUUUUACAACCCAGGCUGUCACCACACACCUUGCUUUGUUUUUCCACCACGAGUUAGAACAGUUGAGAAGGGCCAGUUUGAUGAUGCUGAUGAAUGAGGUUGAGUCUGGUCAGAAGGAAGUGUGGCUUCUGUGCUGCGUUAUGUUCUUCAGUGACUGAGCUCUGCCAAGUCCCGUGGCGUUUCUGCAGAGUUGGGCCUGAGGCCAGAAAUGCAACACCAUCUCCAGAGUUUUGCUUAGACUGUUUCUGUUCAUAAACUGCCCACCCUUGCCCUGGAGAUAAGAGUGCAGGUGCUGGGUGUAAGGAGUCAGUGCAUUUCUGGAGGUUUUGUUUGUAUUAUAUAGAUCUAUGUUGCUAAUUAAUUGCUUGAGGAGAAGUAUUUAAUUUCUAAACUUCAGCUUGUUGCCAGGCUUCUGUCAGUUUUGACAUGCUGAUCCCUAUGUUUUUGUGCAACUUUUAGUUUUUUUUCCUUUACAUUUGAUGCUGUCAGAUUGGUUUGGAUAGCUUUAAAAACUCUCCCUCCUUCAAGCUGGUCUGUUGUAUUUCCAUAUGGUUUAAAAGUCCAUUUGUGAUUCUUAUACUGGUGUUUUAACAAAAUCAGCUGUGGCGAAUACAGAACAAGUUGUUUUGUGUUUAUUUUUAUGUAUUUCAGCAUAAAGGAAUUACAAAUACAUGGUACACAUUUUGCAGAUACGUGUGCUGCUAUAUAGGGGGCCAUACUCCAUCCAGUAGGAAUGCUGGGUGCUUGAGGCUGCCUCCCAACAAAGAUUUCUCCACAUCAGACCUUCUUGUGUAUGGACACAUUAUCCUAGAGUCCCACAGUUGUCUUUAUUACAUUCUCAUGCAACAUCAGAUGUGCAAUGACAAAGAAAAUAUCUCUGCUUAUAUAUACAUA